GUUUGAGUGCCAGUGCCCUGCAGACUGCCAUCCUGUCCAGCAUUUCUCAGAGGGUGAGUAAUCCCUUACACAAGGCUGGAUCUGAGCCAGGACAGGCCUCUCCUCUUCCAUGAGGAUCAGGAGGGAGGGGCAGGGGACAGGAGGAAGGGAGUCGAGCAGGACUAGGGAAGGGAGGGAUUUCCUGCAGGGAAAGACGAAAAAGCUUUGGCAGGCUGACUUGUCCGAAAACUUGAGACAAAGUAACCUAGGAUGUGAGGCGAACGUUCCAUCCUGUCCUGGGGGCUGCAGGUAAGUUCCAGACACCCUCCCAUCCAGGAUUCUAUGGAUUCUAUGCGCCAGCCAUGAAGUUUGAGAUCUGCUGGAGAUCAAAGGGAGAUCUCUGCGGGGGGGAGGAGGAGGAGGAGGUGGUGAUGGUGGAGGGGGGCGCUGUUUGGGAUCACUUUGAAGCUCCUCAUUGAGAUUCACUUUAUGUAUAUACUCAGCAGUGUGUAUAUGCAGCCUUCUAUGUAGAUCUGUGUGUAUACACAUGUAAAAUGAAUACAUAGAAUGUGUUAAUGCUUCCACUAUACUGUAUAUCCAAAUUCUAGGCAGAAUAGACUGUGCAGAUCCAGACUGGUCCUAGGAGCUUGCAAUCACUUUCUAUAGAUUAGAAUGGGUAUAUCACUAUGGUGUGAGUGCACUGUUCUGGGGCAGGUGCAGGUUCCUACUAUGGCUAUAUUUGGCAGUGUAUUUUACUGGCCAUCUGCUUCCCUCCCUAUUGUCUUUUACAGACGGAAGACUUGCACUAAAUUCGCUUCCCUUCCCCUCCAAUCAAGCACAGACCCCACACUUGAAUACUUAUUGCCUGUCUGAGACUGAUUGUAUUGAUCCAUCAUAUUAGUGUGGGGUUUAUACACUGAUAGGCUGUUCAGUCAGCCAGAACACUAAUUGCCCUUGACUUAAAAAAAAAAAAAAAGAAAAUAAAGGAGUGAUUAUUGUUUUCCUUAUUGUGGCUUGAGAGGCAGAACCUGUAUGUUUGAAAGGCUGAACUUGACAGUCUUUGUUCUUCAAGCCCAAAUUUCCAUAUGACUUUGUCCUGCCUGUGAUUAAUGUGGACCCACCAUGCUUGGAGGAGCUGACCCUUUGUAGUGACAGAUCACACAGUCAGUGACAGAGACUCUCUUCACAUUACAGGAUCACUCACACUGGAAUUUGGUUCAAGCUGAAUUUGUGGCCCCAGGCACAUUAAAGUGCAAUGACUACUGAAUGGUGUGAAGGGGACUGUUUUGUUUACUACUCAAACUGUUUGCUGUUGCUUCUCAGCUACUAGACAGUGAAUGGUUAAUCCAUGUGUUUGAGAUUUGUUAAAAUGUUAUCUUGUUCUCCUCCUCUUCCCCCUACUUUAGUAUUAUUAUUAUUUAUAAAGCGCCAACAGAUUCCACAGCGCAGUACAAUACAACAUUCAUUUUCUGUAGCCACUGAAACAUUCCACAGUCAUCAUAUAUCUUCUUUUUUUAAAUCCCCCAUUCCAUUUUCUCUUCCCCAGAUGGUGCCCUUGUGUGUGAUAUCUGUUCUCUUUUUAUUCCGAGUUAAACUUAUUUAUUUUUUUUGCAUCAUACUAUUUUUUUGUUUUUGUUUUGAAUGUAGGAAAUUGGACUUUUACACAAUAGGUACAAAACGAAUGAUAAAUAUAGUUUACCCUAGUUACAACUGUCUUAGUUUGUCCAUUUUGCAAUCCUGUUAAGCGUAGGAAAACAUAAGGUUAAAUGGCCAAAGAUUGGCUUGCAGACUAGUCCAUUGAAGAAAGGCAAACAGAAAAAAAAAAAUCCCAAACAUUCUUCGGGUUGAUAUGGGGAUGAUCCAUUUGAAAACAUCAGUAUGUUCUUGAUGUAUAGACCCUUUGAUUGCCACAGGACCUUGAAACUCAUUGUCAGAUUUUGUUUGAACAGCCAUCGUGUCAAUAGUGCUUCCUGCCUUUCAGGGCCAGUCGGUGGGGUAUGCUUGAGGGUGGGGGGGUCUUAAAACUUCCGUUCCCUGGAUUUAUGAAUGGGUUUCAGAAUGUAGAGGGAUGGCAGGAAAUAGGUAAAUGGGAAUCACGUAAUUAACCCAUACCUUGCCAUCUACGUUUUGCCACAUAUGUCAAAAAAUGUGUCUGCGCAGUCUACUCCAGUUCCUGGAAGUUUAAAGAGUUACUGACUUUUUACUUAAUACUUAUUUGAGGGAGAAAUAAAAGUAGCUCUUGGGAAGGGGGUGGAGGGGGAGCAUAUGUGGCGGUUGACAGUUGACUGCUAUAAAUAUGUUUUUUUUUAACUGUCUCAGGCUUUGAAGGAGAGUAGUGGUGUAGUAAAUGGGUGACUGCUGUGUGCUUGAUAAAGCGUACCCGACAGUACACAUCAUAAAGAAUCGUGACAGAAAAAAAAAAACCUUUUGGAGUUACUAGGUUUCCGAAUAACAAAUUGUCACAGCGCUGUCACAGAUUAUGAAACUAAACCGUACAAUUCUGUGUUUACAGGUGACGAAAACAAACACCAUCGAGGAAUCCCUGAAGACGCACUUGUAAGACUGUAACAGCUCAUAACGAAGGAACUACAUGUUCAAGAACUUUAAGAAAAUAGACAACUAUUCAUCCUUUUAUAGGAUGUUAAAAGAAGAAACUUAACAAAAAACAGAGGCAUGGUGGGAAAAUGCUCAAACACAAAGUAAGCUCUCAUAGAGAAAUCGACAUGAAAUGGAGGUCAUCAAAUUUUUGCAAUCUGCUGCGCCUUUGGUAGCAGACUUGGCUACUUGUUCGCGAUUUCAACUUUGUAUGUAGUAUGGGAUUUUUUUUAUAAGUGACCAGGGAUCUUAAAGAUCUGUUGACGUGAACCAAAAGAAGAACCAAAUGGACACUUUUUUAAUUCUCUAUUUUGGAUUUAAUUCUAAGGAUAACUGGUGUUGGUAUAAAUUUUUGCUCAGCUUUUAGAAAUGACUGUCUUCCCAGCAAAGGGCAGUAAAAGUCGAGUGUGCAAGUGCGGUUUGUGGAUAUAAUAAAUAAGGAUUAUUUUUUGGGGUUUGACCUAAGGACAUGAUGCUAUAGCCUGUGUGGCGAUGGGUCGGGAGAAUGAACUGAUCCAAGCUGUGAAGAGCGGAGAUGUUGUCACUGUUCAGAAACUGCUUGCGAAGGUCCGAACGUCCAAAACAAGUAAGCCCAGUUUAGGUUGAAGGUGCUAAAAUAAUAAGUAAAUGGGUUUCCGAUUCAGGAAAAAAAUUUACGUUGGCAGAUGGAAAAGGGAAUGGUGUAUAGGACAGUAAGAGGAGACAUGGAAUGGAUUAAGACAAUAUUAACGUUUGAGAUGGCAACUGCAAUGUGUGGCUAUUUGGUGCACUUGUGAUUCAAGAUUUGUCUGUAGCACUCUGCACUAAACUCAAAAAGACGUUUCAUGGUUGAUGGAACUAAGUGCACACAAUGGGAUUUAAUCUCAUAACACUAAAAUGUAGUGAAGUUAACAUUGAUUUGCAAAAUUCAGCAUAAUAUAGCUAAGCACUUUUUCUUGCCGUUUGGUGUUUUGAUUCACUACAAUUCUGUGUUUUUGGUAAAUAAACCCGAGUGACUUUGACAUGAGAGCAUGACUCGUAUAUCUAUGUGUUCUUGUUUUUUUUUUUUUUCUUUUCAUCCUUGAUAAUACUGUGGGGUUUUAGCCAUUAAACAGCAAAUUGUAAAAUGUAGGCUAAAAAAACAACUUGUGACUACAACUGAUUUUGAAAAUCUUUCCAAAUCAGCUUGUCUUUUUUUUUUUUUUUUCACUGAAUUUUGUAAUAAGGUUUCACUGCUAAUUGUUAUGUAUUGAUUAAAACCUACCAUUUUUUGGAUAGCGGGGAUAUAUGGUAUAUCCACAUUUACACCAUAAAGCAAUGGUGUAUAGAGUAUGCCUCUGCAGUCUCACUGCUCAAUUCUCUGCCAUUUAGGGGGUAAAUCCCUUUUUUAUGCAGCCCUAGUCACACCUCCAUGCAUGUAACUUACACAGCCUUCCUAAACACUUCCUGUAAAGAGUUGUCUAAAGUUUAUACUUCCUUUAUUGCAAAAACUGUUUCAUUCAUAAUUUCUCAUCUCCUGUUCUGUUAAUAGCUUGCCAUACCCUGCAGGAGCCUCCUGUGUGUAUUCAAAGUUCAAUUUAAAGAGCAGGAGAUAAAAACUUUUUACGUAAAUUACAUUGGAUUAAAAAUGAAACCAUCAAUUCUUUAUGCAGGCUGUGUCAGUCACAGCCAGAGGAGGUGUAGCUAGGACUGCAUAAACAGAAACAGAAGUGAUGUAACUCCUAAAUGGCAGAGAAUUGAGCAGUGAAACUUUAGAGGCAUAAUCUAUGCACCAACAUUGCUUCAUUAAGCUAAAGUUGUUCUGGUGACUGUAAUGUCCCUUUACGGUCAGGAUUUAUCUCAUUGUAUGUUCCAUAUAAAGGAUUUAAGAACCAGCUUUAUUUUAUCUUUUGUGGGGGACAGGAAUAUAGAUUUGUAUAAAAAAAAACAAAAAAUUAGUGAUGCAUCUACAUUAUGGAACUUUGGUCUCUAGUGUAUCUAGAUACAGUGCUGAAGCACUAAAUGGGGAAGGUUUGCAGGGAUGCCGGAGUUAUAACCACAGACUGGCUAGUUUAUCCUGGUUUUUAGCACUUUGGGUUUUCAGUUUACUAGUAUUCACCGUUUAAUCCAGUUAGGUUAUUUAUGAAUCCAAGAAUUAUGGACAGCUGACUUGGGGAAAUUCCCAAGUUGGCCUAGAACCAAUUCCCUUGUCUGUAAUAUACAAUUCAUGAUUUACGGGGAUAUUUACUCGAGUCUGAAUUGUCAGGAAUUACUAUUUCAUGACAGGAAUGCCACACUGAAAACAUAGCUGACUUGGACAUUUUUUUAACAGUUUAACCAUUUUGGCUUUAAAUCAGGCUUAUUUACUUAAGUGAGAACUCAAAUUUAAGGCUAAAAUAGCUGAAUUGGAAAGAUUCUCUAAGUCAACAAUGCCUUCAAUGUGGCUACUGUGGCCUUAGAGAGGAAAAAUGUUUAAUUUGCAUUGUGUGCCUUGGCUGUGCCUUAUCUGACCUGGAUUGUGGUGUCAUUGGCUAAGUCUUUAGUAUUCUUUGCAAAGAAAACGGAGAAACACUUUUUAAAAAAAAUUAAAAAACGCUAAAGGAAACAAGCACUCCAAUCACCAUAACUACUACACCGCACUGUAUUGGUUAUGGAGCCAGGAGUGUCCUGAUGCUCCUCAACAUAAGCAGUCAAACAGUCUUGACUUCUUCCCUGGACACAGACCAGGCCUUCACUACAGCCUCCUUUCCACCUGAGCGAAGCCUAGAGGUGUAGCUGUUAGCGCGCUAGAAGUCAAACUGUUACUAAACAGUUUGACUACUUAUAGUACGGGGCACUGGGGUCCUCAUGGCACCAUAACCACUACAGUUUGCCGCAAUUGUUAUGGGGUCUGGAGGUUUCCUUUAACACAUUAUAGAUUAUCAAUGUCUUAUUCAAUUGUCUACAUUCUAGAGAAUUGACCGAUCCCCUUUUAAUUACUGGAUUGGAAUGCCCUUUGGUUUGGUUCUGUGGCAUUGUUGACAAGGUACGCUGUUUUCUUUCGUAGCUGGUAUUACUUUUUACCUAUGGAAUAUUCCCUCGUUUGGUGUUAUAGACACAAGGCAGUAAAACAUAUAGUGUUGACAUUUGAGUUCCUGGAGUGCAACAAUUUCUAGAGAUUUGAUGAUAAAUGACUGUGCGGUUAGAGACGGCGUGUUAUCUGACACUCUCAGAAGCUUGUAAAGGCCAGGUACUUUCACUGACUGUCAUACACGUAUGCAACGUACGCAGUGUUAACGUGUCAACGUGUCAAGCUCGGUGCCCUUUGUGCCUGACUUCACAGUUAAACAUUUACCUGAAGCUGCGUAAUAUAAACUUCAAAUGUGAACGCACUGAACCUCUUCCUGUUUUUGUCUGGUUCUCCUCCGUUCAAUUCUGUUCCUCCUCAAAAAUCGAAAAGAAAAAAUUCUGUGCAAGGCUAUGGAUUGAUUGAUCGAAUGGAUCUGAGAAUUUGGAGAACUAAACACUAGAGUAAACAGAAAUUCAUAGAAUGAUCUCGUGCAGAACACAAAAACUGUAUAACUGUACUGGCCUCAGUUUCCAUAGCUAUAAAAACAAACAGGGCUAUUUAUUAACCCCUUAAGGACCAAACUUCUGGAAUAAAAGUGUCCUUAAGGGGUUAAAAUUAGAAUUUCAGGCUGUUCAAAGUGAAUUUCAAAUUUAAGUUCAAAAUAGCCAAACUGUAAACCAAUUUUGACUUAAAUUAUGAAAUUCUCUUUCAGGGUUAUUCACGAAAGUGACAAUUUAAGGUGAAAUCAAAAUUAACUUCAAAUUAAGGUCAAAGUAGCUGAAAUAGAAACAUUAGGCUGUAUGCUUUAGGUUUGACUACUCUGGCCUUAAAGGGACACUAUCGGCACCCAGACCAUUUCAUCUCAUUGAAGUAGUCUGGGUGCAGUGCCCCUGUCCCCUUAAAGGACCACUUCAGCUCAAUGAAGUGGUCUGGGUGCCAGGUCCCUCUAGUGUUAACCCUGCAGCUGUAAACAUAGCUGUUUUAGAGAAACAGCUAUGUUUACAAUAGGGUUAAUCCAGCAUCUAGUGGCUGACUCACUGACAGUCGCUAGAGGCGCUUCUCACUGUGAAAAUCACAGGGAGAAGACGCUGGACGUCCAUAGGAAAGCAUUGAGAAAUGCUUUCCUAUGGGCUGUUUGAAUGCGUGCGCGGCUCUUGCCGCGCAUGCGCAUUCGGAGCUGACGUCUGUUUUAACCCCUUCAGCCCAGCGGGAGUGGGACCCUGAGGGUAGGGGGGACCUAAAGACCCUAUAAAACAAACUUGUUUUCCUGGCACUAUAGUGGCCCUUUAACCCUGCAGCUGAAAGCAUUGUGCAUUAGGUUCCUCCUCGCGAUGACGUUGGAGGAGGCGAAGACGGAGCCUGUGCCAGGGGUCCUCAGUGCUGGAAUCGAAUAAGUGUGUAAAUGUUUUUUUUAUCACUUUGGAUGCCACAGGGGGGUGGGGGAGAGAAGAGGGACACUAUAGUGUUCCUUUAAAUUUGAAAUUCAUCUUGAAUUCUCUAGUAAAUGAUCGUGUAAAGUGAGAAUUCAAAGUGAAUUUCAAAUUUAAGGCCAAAGAGCGUGAACUGAAAGCAUAGCUGAAUUAGAGAAUGCUUCAAUUUCAGGUACUUUUAUCUGAAAUUUGAAAUUCAAUUUGAGUUCCCAGUUUAGUAAAUAAUCCUGUUCAAAUUCACUUUACAUUUCUGACAAUUCUCACUUCAUUGAAUAGCCCUGUCAGUGACUGGGAUGUCUUUACGGAAGAUUACAGACUGGAGCCAACUCCGUUUCUAAAUAAUUCAUAGAAACUAUAUUAUUUAUCGUUGUAAGCUAUUAUUUAUGUAUCUGUCAUAUAUAGUGAUGUAUAGGUGUAUGUGCAUUUAUAAGUAUGUGUGUUUAUAUUUCUAUAUAUGUUUGCGUGUGUCUUUAUAAAUGAUUUGAAGUCCCUGCUUUUGCUGCCAAUCCCCGGUAUUUGUAGCUGCUGUAGGUUCUAUCCAGAAAAGGGAGUCGCUUAAAAUCUUUUGCAAGCCGUGGCUUUCCUGUUUUGUUCAGUGGAGCAUAUUCUAUAAAACCCAGCCCAGAAGGAGUUUAUGGGAUAGGUAGCCCAACAUUGAAUUAUUGGACAGGUAUGAAGUUGCUUUACACGUUUAUGAGCUGCACGUGGUGACUUCUGUCAACAUCCCUAUUGCUACAUUCAAGUUUUAUGCUAUCCACGGAACAAAGUGUGUUUGGCUGCAACACCAGUUUGUCUGUUGAUCCCUGUCGUGGCACCAUAACCACUACAGUUUGCUGUAGUGCUUAUGGUGUUUGGAGAUGUCCUUUAACACAUAUAGAUUUUCAGUGUCUUUCUCAAUUGUCUAAAUUCUAGAGAAUUGACAGAUCCCCUUUAGUUGCUGGAUUGGAAUGUCCUUUGGUUUGGCUCUGUGGCGUUGUUGACAAGUGGCGCGUUUUUUCUCUUUAUAUGUGAUAUGAGUUGGCCAAGAGGAAGCACAUAUUUAUGUUAGGGGGCAGGCCAAACGAAUGCUUUUUAAAAAUGUUUAAUUCGUUGCUGUCAUAAGACAAUAUGCAGAGGAAGACUAUGACAGGGACUCUUGGACCAUAACUUAUACAUAGAUUGUUAAAGGAACACUCUUAGCUGUAGUGGUUAUGGUGCCAGUAAUGACAUGGUGUGUCCCUACUGUAAGUAAUCAAACCAUUUUAGAACAGUUUUACUUCUCACCUGGGUAUCGAUCAGUGCUGCUCCCUGCCUACACUACUUCUGACAAAGAGCUGCAUGCCUUCAGUUUCUCCCAGAAGAGUCGGAAGCCUAGCAGUGCAGAGCUUAGUUCAUUGGCUGAAAAUGGAUCAGCAGAUGUUUAGCCAAUGAGCUAGUGCCGUACUGCAGGUCUUAGCUCAGGAGAGCUAACAGAAGCUCCAAAGCUUCUACUCUGGAGCUUCCAGCUCUCCUCGGGGUAGUAGUAGACUCAGUGAGUGCAGCUAACCCCAGAAAAAAAGUCAAACUGUUGUAAAAUAGUAUAACUACUUACAAUGGCGUGGGGUGCACAAACACUUGUGGCACCAGCAUUCUGUAAUGGUUAUGGUGGUUGGAGUGUUCCUUUUAAUGUGCAUGUAUUAUCCAUAGAAGUAUGCUUGCUAAACAUAACCAGAUUUUAUUUAUUUAUAUGAUAAAGGAAAUCUGCCAUCACGUAAAUUAUUUAAAAUCAAAUAUUACCUGUAUUACAGCCUCCUUAUAAAUACGCAUUUUUAUAUCACACACUUAAAUUAAGGUGGAACUGUCACUUCCCUGGAACAGCAUGUAACAUUUAAAAAAAAAACAAAAAAAAAAAACAAAGAAUUGGGGAAAAAAAUGGCAAAACCAAUAGCUAAUCUUAAGUUAGCUGUUAUGUUUUGCUAAAAUUAAGGAAAGUACAGUUCUUCUUUAAAGGAACACUAUAGCGUUAGGACUACAAACCAGUUUUCUACAUCCACCACAACUACCGUUGGACGAAGGGAUAAAAAAAAAAAAAACAUUUUUAACUUGCCUAUUUCCAGUGCCGAGGCUCAUUCGGCUUUGGUUAGGUCUUCUCCUCCUGUGACGUCACGUCGCUGGUGGGACCUAAUGUGCAAGCGGGAUGAGUACAGCACACUAGAUUAGGCUUUCCCAUAGGACAUUAUUGAAUCAAUGCUUUCCUACGGGAAAGAUAAAAGAAAGCCAAGCACGAGGACGUCCGUCAAUUAACGGAGUAAAACUCCACUCGGGACCCAGAAGUGGUGGCAUGAAUCCUGCAAUCUCAGCAACUGCAAUGUUUAACAGACAGGGGCACUACACCCAUACCACUUCAAUGAGAUAAAGUGGUCUGGGUACCUAUGGUUUCCCUUUAAUGCCUCAUUUCAGUGUGUAUCCUGGUUUUCCAUUGCUUUAUGCAGGUGGUCAUCUUUCAGAAGUACUUUUCUGCCCUUAGACCAUGCUGGUAAUAGAGGGAUACAGGCUGUGCUCAUGAAUCCUGACAUAUGCCGAGGGCUUGUUUUCAUACUCCUGUUCCUUUGCAUUCCGUGCCCUUGUUUGAACUGGAUUAUGAUGUAAUUUGCUAAAUCUUUCAUAUAAAUUUUAAAAGAAAUCAGAUCUUCUCAUGAAAACAAGAAUAACACACGUUUUAGGUGAUUUCCAAUAUUUUAUUCAAUAGCAUAGCUCCCAAGUGUCCCUGUUUUAGGUUGGACAGUCCCUAUUUUGAGCCCAAAUCCAUCUGUACUAAUGAUCCUCUUUUCUAACUCCUUAUUGUUUGUGUGUCUGAGUGUAUAUCAGAACUCCACAGCAGUAAUACUCUUAGUAAUGUCCCUUUAACCCCUUAAGGACCAAACUUCUAGAAUAAAAUGGAAUCAUGACAUGUCACACAUGUCAUGUGUCCUUAAGGGGUUAUGCUACAAUAAAUGUGUUUAGAAAUCACUCUGUGUAAAUAAGAAACAUUGUUCUUGUUCUAAAACAACAUUUUAGUUGGACAAAAUGUUAUUAGUAAAUCACAUAAAAUUUCUUAGGUGCAGCCCUGUCCCUUGUCACAACCACAGUCAAAAACCUAAAAUGAAAGUGUCGCUGUUUUCCCAUUUAAAAUGUUGGGAGGUAUGCAAUAAUGUAAAGUUUCCAGAGAAUUUUUUCUUAAAAUGAUGACUGCUAUAUCAUACCGUUUCACAGAUUGAUUCGUACUGAUGAGGACACGAGCAAUUUCAUGUUUACACGUGACACUAGCACGUUUAAUUUCUUACUCUGUGUAGUGACAAUUGUAUUCGACAUAACUCAUUCAUUAAACUGGGCGUAUUUAUUAAGGCAAGAGCUGUGAAGAAGGCAAUUGCAAAAUAGUUUAGAAACAUUUUGUAACACCUUUUAUGGUAUGUACGCAUGCAGCUCUGUGGGGGUUAAUCGAUUUGGCACGAUAUGCGCUGCCUGUUUCUGGACCGACAUCUGUAAAAAUAUAAGUUGAGAUUUUAAAUGCAGUGCAAUGAGAUUUUUUUUUUUUCACUUUUAUAUAAAUAAAGCACAGCUGAAUUUAAUUUUAUUUAGCUACUGGUUGUGCGAACAUGUCAUACGGGAUAGUUAUGCUUAAUGAUGGGUGUUUAGAAGGUUACUCCUAAAUAGAUAUUAAAUUUAUGCGUGUUCUACAUUGGCCUGAGACGUCUGCUGGGCGGAUUUCGAAGUCACACAUUAGUAUGCAAGGAAGCUAGGUCACAGAACCCUCUGCGUGCAUACAAAAUUAUCUGGACAUUCGGUUGGAUAUAACCUUGCUUGCUUGGCGACAUUUGCAACCGUAGUCCCUGGUAGAAUCUUGUUUGCAAUUUAUACUAUAUACACAUCCUAGGCUCUGUAACCCUAAUCUGUCCAGAGCAUUGCAGAUUAAAUGAGGUAACGCUUGCCAUACAACAGGCCAGCGGGAUGCUGUAAUUUUAGCUUGGUAGAAAUCUCUUUACCAGAAGUGCUUCAAAUUGAUUUGCCUUAAGGGUUUCUACGUUUACUGUUAAAUAAAGCGUGAGGCUGUUCUGGUCCCGUGGAUGCUGCAGAUCUUUGCACGCAGAGGAAUGUGCGGAAACUGGUUUUGGAGAGUGGCUGCGUGUCUGAACAGAACUUGCACACAAAAUACAACUGAUUCUACAUUCUCCUCCUCUAGCCAAACACACUGGUGCUACAUUCAUCCAAACAUUGCGUUUAACUGAAGGAUUGAGAAAUGCUUGGAGAAUUUAAAAGGAGCCAAAGCACUUUUUUUUUUUUUUUUGAGCGGUGUCCUUUUCUUUAACUCUCUCUCUCUCUUUUUUUUUCCCCUUCCUAUCUCGUUUUUAUUCCAUCCUCCCUCCCUACAUGUACAUGCUGUCCUAAUUUAUAAAUUGCACUCUGCAAAUAACGUCAUCCCAUAUAACUGCAAAUCUCUAUUGCAAUAAUCUGUAGGUCUGGAGAAUGUAGAUUUGAAAGUUUAUUUUCUUAUUGAACGUCUUCCCAUGAUAAAUGAAGAUAGCGCUUACAGUUUACACGCAAAUAAUAUCUUUGUAGGUUUUGAUCUCACCCAACAGCUUUUGGUUGGCGUUGGUUGUUUUAGGGUUUUUUUUGUUUGGUUUUUUACCUCUUUCUCCCAUAUAGAAAAUAAAUUCCACUAAUACUUUUAGACAAGUCUCUCAGUUUCCAGCCUCCACUAGUCAAUGGCGAGUGAAAAUCCCUGGCUCAUAGAAUAUCACCUCUGGUGAGUGUGCCAUUGACCCUCCAAGCUUGCAGUGGCGCGUAGAUUUAAAGGGUCACUCCAGACCCCUAAGCAACUUUAGCUUGCUGAAAAGCUUUAUCUGUGAAGAGUGGGUCCUCUCUUUUUUUCAUUUUGAAAAAAGUACAGAUUUCAAUAGAAAUUCUAACUUUUUUAUAAACUAAUCUGGUUACACCCCCUUGACUUUCAAGUACACAACAGGUAAUGUUACUUCCUGGUUUCGCUAGCUCAAUGCAGCUGACCUCAAGAGGCAGCAAUUGCCCAGAGCAGCUGAUUUACAAAGACUUCUCAUUGAGCUGAAAUGGGAAGUCUGUGAUUGGACAGCCACAGAAAGUCUGGGCGGGGUUAGAAGGGGAGAGCUUGCAAAGGCAGCAGACGAGAGAGCUGCAGGUUUUGCAGAUUAUAUAUAACUCCAAUAAAAAAAAUACAUAAUUAAAUGCAUGCACGUUUUCAAUUGGGUUAUAUCUACUAAGCCGUUUAAAAAAAAAAAAAAAAAAUAAUAAUAAUAAUAAUACAUUUUUAUUUGGACAGUGGAGUGUCGCUUUAAGGCCUGGCUAGACGCAUAGGACUUGAAAUUUUACUCCUGACUUUUAGUCACGGAUUAAUUUUCCAUUUUAUCAUGAGCAAUUAUUCGGACUGUUUGGGUCAUUAGCAGUCACUUAUUGCUGUGUGCGGUAGCAGACAACCACAAGUUGUUUAUUUUUAGGUUUAAGCCAUCCUCGCCCCCUUUUACACAAAGUGAGUGCAAUAUGGGCCUACUGUGCUUCAACAGAUGCAGCCUUUUUUACACAGACGAGGCCUAUAGCAGGCUGAAUCCUGUGUCUGCCAUUUGUGGUGCCACUUGCGCAUGGAGAAUUGUUCACAAUUUUGCUUAAUAGCCCCCAUUGACAGGAUUAAACAGAUCUGUGUGCAAUAAUCUAUUUUUUUUAUUGGCACAGACAAAUGAACAUUGUGUUUUAGGGAAAGAACAUUUUUUAAUAGCACGUCCUUUGUCACAGAUCAUACUCUGCUUUCUAUUCAUCUACAGUAAACUAGUCUCAAAACAAAGCAGAGAAGGGAAAGUUCAUACAGAAAUGUUUUAGAGCUGAAUACAUGGUCAGAGGUUUGGGCAACCUGACAAAUCAAACACAGCACAAGAACUGAGGAAAUACAAAAUAAAAUAAUAAGUUUCAGUAUGUGGCUUGUGGAUGUGCAGUCCAUGUAAUAUUGCGGUCACAUGCCGCUUCAUAUUUUUAACAUUGUAUCACACUGCCCAAAAUAAAGGGUCUCUUGCUGUAUUUCAAAAGUGGUCAAAAAUAUUGGCGUAGAAGAAAAAAUGCCAUUCGGGACACAUACAGAAUGUGCAACAAAGUUGGAUAAAUUAAAAUGGUUAGAUAUCCUGUUUGGGUACAUGUUAGAAGUUUUGUGGCUUUUUUUCCCCCGGGAAUGCAUAUUCCCAAAAAUGCCACCAGAAUCUAAAAUGUCUGUGUGUGACAUAAGGCAUAUAUAGAGUGAAUAUAGUGUUACCAAGUAUUGUAGACGACUAUUGCCGUUAACAAAGAAAUGUGCUUUGACGUCUCUACCUUCUAGAUGCCCGGUAGUCUUCUAAAAUGCAAAAAUUAAGUUUGAUCUACAAAGGUUUCUUCAUAUUGUAGGAGAGCGGGAGUUUGAGUUGAGUAUAUUUUUACAUUACAGGAUCUAAUCUAAAAUAUUAAUUUCAAGAGAAUUUUCUUUUUUUUUUUACCAAAACUAAAGAGUGUUACAACCCAGAAAAUGUACAUAAAAAUGUAAAGACAAAGAGAAAACAUGAGAAAAGUAACAACAAAACUAUAGAAAUGUCGUCACGGCAAGUAAAAGUUGAAAAAUAAUUUGGAGGAUUGGAGGGGGAUUAAAAUAAAAAUAUGAACUAAUAUUGUAUAUAUAUAUAUAUAUAUUAACAAAAAGACAAGUCAGUAGGUUGUAGACUCUUGCUUACACAUAUUGUCUCAACUUCCUGGACUUAACACACUAAGGGAGGGAGGAUAGGGUGUGCACCAAAACUCCAGAACCGGUGUUUUUGAUGCUAAUGAGUAAAUACUCUACCAGUGUGAUGGUAUGUAAUGGGUUAUGGUGGCAGGAGUUCCCUGGCUUUCACUCAGGAUAAGUAGUGAAACCGUAUUCACCAACCAUUUGACAACUUACCUGGGAUAAGCCCUCUGCCGAUCACCUCUUCCAAGAAAGCUGGAAGCUCUGCUCUGAGCUAGCCCAACAGUGCAGGGCAUAGCUACAUGGCUUUGAGUUCAGCCCUGAACUGCUGGCCUUUGCUCAGGGAAGCUAACAGAAGCUCCUUGCUUGUGCUUCUGGCUCUACUGGAUGCUGUGAUCAGUGUCUUGUGUUCCUCAUGUAAGUUGUUUGCAUACGGUGUGACUUUUUAACGUGAAAGGCCCCAAUGGCACUCCUGGACUCCAUAACGACUACAACGUGCUUUUGCAGUUAUGGUGCUUGGAGUUUUUUGUUUUUUUUAAAGAUCCCAUCAGUAUCAAAACAUCACCAGGAAUAGUCGGUCUGAAAGCACAAUGAUAUCAAGGUUGGAGAGAGUCCUAUACCAGCUGGACUGCAAUUUAAGGGAAUCCUUAUUAAUUCAUGUAUUAAGAACACAUAUAUUUGUAAUCUCAAAAAUGCCAAGUAUUUCUCUUGAGUGAGGGAGUGAGCUCACUAAUCCUCCCUUGUAGAUAUGUAAGGUUGUAAGACUGCGUAACUGAGAUAAAUCUUCAAAAUUGCCAUUAUAGCGGGCUUACCAAAUAUACACAAACAUUAACAAUUUGUGAGAUACAUAGUGAGUCAACGGCCAUCCUUUAAAAAUAUUUGCCAGUAAGGGACCAGUUGGGACUGUCUGUCUUCACUAAGACCGUUGAAACUAUUUCUUGUCUGUUGUAAGAGCAUGUCUGAGUUAGUUGGCUUCCAUGGAUUAUCACAGAGAAAUCGGUGCAUUUGGCCACCUAACCCAGGAGGGUGAUCUCCACCAAGCAUCUUCCCCAUCACAAGGUCCACCUACAGGACAGCCCUAGUAGAUUGGCAUUAACAAGCUCAGCCACUGCUUAAUCUCAUUCUAAAGAAUCUAGAAAACAAUGUAUGUGAUAAGAGUUUCCUGGUAAUAGUUUCCGAAUAGCAAAUGUGUGGAGGCUUCUUCAUGUAAGCUGCGACCACGACCAUGGCCCUCGGUUGGGUGACAAAUAUCUUUGGAAUACUGAUAGGAAGCAUCUGAAAGGUAGAACAAUUACUCUGCAAUGCAAAAUUAAUGAGAUAAUGCUAAAGCUCUUUGUUAAGAGGGAAGGGAGGCAGAUGGGAUUGAAUGGAAUCCUUGUAGUAUAUCCAUCGUGCUCAGACAUCUUCCUCCAUGACUGCAGAAAGGAACCAUGAAGUUCUACUUACAAAGGUUUCUGCACAUGGUUAAGGAAGGUGAUUGCUGUUUACAGUCUCUCUGCAUAUAGCAGAGGGAUAGAACCGACAUUUGCUUAGUGCAGGUUGAAAGCCAGCAUCAGAUUGGAAUGAAUGUGUGGCUUUGUUAUUAUUAUUAUUAUUAUGAUUAUGAUAUUUAUAGAGCGCCGUCAAAUUCCACAGCGCUUUACAAUGGGUGGACGAACAGACAUGUAGUUGUAACCAGACAAGUUGGACACACAGGAACAUAGGGGUUGAGGGCCCUGCUCAAUGAGCUUACAUGCUAAAGUGGGUGGGGUAAAAUGACACAAAAAGAUAAGGAUAGUAUUAGACUAGUGACAGUUGCAGAAGAGGAAUCAAUCAGGAGCUAUUAACAGUUUAAUUGACACGCUUUUAUGAAGAAGUGGGUUUUUAACGAUUUUUUUGAAGGAGCGGAGACUGGGUGAGCAUCUAACAGAGGAGGGAAGCGAGUUCCACAGGAAUGGUGCAGCCCUCGAGAAAUCUUGAAGGCGAGCAUCAGAGGUGGGAGUACGGACAGAAGAUAGACGUAAGUCUUCAGCAGAUCGUAAGGGCCUACUUGUGUAUAAGGGAGGAUAGAUAGGUGGGAGCAGCAUUAUGUAGAGAUUUGAAAGCAAGAACCAGAAUUUUAAAUUGAGCUCUAUAUUUUAUAGGCAGCCAAUGUAGGGACUGACAGAAGGGUGAGGCAUGGGAGGUGCGGGCGGACAGGAAGAUGAGCCUUGCUGCCGCAUUCAUUAUGGACUGUAACGGCGCAAGUUGGGAGCACGUAAGACCACUGAGAAGCGGAUUACAGUAGUCAAGGCGAGAAAGGACAGUGGAAUAGACCAACACCUUAGUCACAUCUGGCGUUAAGUAGGGGCGGAUGUGCGCAAUGUUUUUGGGAUGGAAAUGACAGGAUUUGGCGAUAGAUUGAACAUGAGGCUUGAAGGAGAGGUCGGAGUCAAAGAGAACACCUAGGCAGCGAGCCUGCGUGGUGGAGCUGAUGGUAGCGCCGUUGACUUGGAGGGAGACAGACACAGGAGUAACAACACUUGAGGGAGGAAAGACCAGAAUUUCAGUUUUGGUCAAGUUUAGUUUAAGGAAGUGGGCAGCCAUCCAGUUAGAAACAGCAGAGAGGCAGUCAGAGACACUAGUCAAGAGGGACGGGGAGAGAUCAGGAGAGGACAGGUAGAUUUGCGUGUCAUCUUCAUAGAAUUUAUUGGAGCAAUACGAAAUAAGUUAGUUUGUGGAACACAUGUUGUAAGGAAAGGGUUUAAUGACAAAUGUCAGUUAAUAUUUUGCAGAGUAUGGAAACCUGACCCUAUUCUUCGGCGCUAAAUCCCUGUAGAAUUCUGUAGAGUGACCCGCUUCCCUAGCGAUGGGGCUACUUUGUGCACAGAUUUCAUCUAUAAUUUGUGCGUGCGUGUAAAAUGUCAGCAAUGUCUGUAGGAAGUGAAAGAACAAAAGGACACACAAAUCUCAUACAGUUUCCCAAAAAACAAAGACAGACAUAAAAGAACAGUUUGUGUAAAGAAUAAAACUUGAGAAUAGCUGGAGUUAGAGGUUUAUUGAAGGAAGAAAGGUCUCUGAGUGAUCACACGCAUCGUGUCAAAUGGGGCAGGUUUUGUCCUGCGCUUCAAAUGGAUACAGUGAGUUGUUUAUUUUUUUUUUUUUUACAUGCAAGUUUGUAUGCCAAAAUACCAUGCAGACAUUUUACAUGGAAGAUUCACAGCGUCCAGUUUCAUAUUGUAUCAUACUAUAAGAGGGCAGUUAUAAUACUGGCUUUCGUAUACACAGCGUUUAAAUAAUAAAAUAUAAAGGGGGGGGGGGGGAUAGAGUUUCCUACUGGGAAUAAAACCUGUUUCUUCUAUCCACAGAGCUGCUUGGAUCUACGAAGAGGCUAAAUGUAAAUCACCAGGAUGCUGAUGGGUAAGUGUGUGUGUAUUAUAGGAUGCAUUGUGGUAAAUUAUGGGACAAUAGAAUCACAGGGACCUGGCCACAUGAAUAAACCAAGAGACCGAUGGUGUCUGGGUGGAUGUAGCCAGAACUAUAUUUUCUGUUUAGUAAUAUUUAGGAAAAUAGUUUUUCAAAUGUUUAAUGUUAUUAAUGCAAAGCAGCUGGAGUGCCUGUGAUAGCCUUUGCCCUAACAUUCCAGAUGGAAUGUCGUGUUUGCCAUACUCCCACUUCCCGUGCAGGACAUGAACGCAGAGAUUAGGUGGGAGAGCAGCCUAUCCUCACCAGUUACGGGUCUCCUACCCUGUCUGAAUAGAAAGUGAAACUUACCACCACCAUACGAUUUCCAUAUUGCGGAUAGGAGCCACUCUCUAUCUAACGUAUUUCAGAAUAAAGUACACUCUUGUUAAGUGAGGUUGGUCAGCAAUUAACGAACUAAAAGAACCAAUUAUGUUUAAGUAUUUUUUUAUUUUUAUUUUAAGGAAACCAAAGAAGUGUGAUGCUACCCAAAGCCAUAAAGACGUUUAAUUUAAACUACAUUAAACCGGCAUCUAACAUAAAUAAAACAUUGUGUGGGUCUCCUUCCCAUAACACAGACAUUAUAUAUUGUAUAUGCGCGGACAUAGCCGCACAUCACAUGGCAAGAGUAAACCAUAUUGAACCCAUAUUACAUGACACCCAUAUCACGCUGUGUAAUAAGACUUAUAGGAACACUCUAAAGAUAAAACUACAUUUUUAUUUGUAACAUUAGUAUUCCUUCAUAGUUAUUUUUUUUUUUUUAUGUUUAAAAAAAAAACAAAAACAAUCAUUAGACUUACAAAUGGAUAGAUGCCUCAAUAGCUAUGGCUGCAUAGACAAAGUGAUUUAACACCUAAAUGGCAGAGAAUUGAGCAGUGAGACUUGCAGGGGCAUGUUCUGUACACCAAAACUACUUCAUUAAGCUGAAGUUGUUUUGGUGCUUAGAUGAUCUUUUUAGUACAAAUUGUAAAUACUUGUAGCAGUUUGUUCUAAAUCUCAUAUGAUGGACAUAUUACAUCAGUUCAGAUAAGGUAUAUGGGUGAAUCUCAAAAUAAACCUGGUAAGGAAAUAUAUAUGUCCCAUUGUCCUGAAGAGGCAUUGAUCGCCUGCAUAUUAGCCAGCACAAGUCCUCUGCUGUGGUACAAACUUUACAGAUGACCCUGCUAUCCUUCACAUGGUGAUUGACUGAUUAUAUGUGUCCUUCCAAAAGGUUUUCGGCACUACAUCAUGCUGCUCUUAGCGGGAACUCGGAACUUCUCCACCUUCUCCUGGAAACCCAGCCAGCUGUAGACGUCAAAGAUGGCAACGGUGAGAAUUCCGCUGUGUUGAGAAAAACCAGCAGUGAAAGUUUAAAGUCAAGUUUAUGUUUCAUACAUUUACUUUAUAGUAUUUUCCUUUUGACUUGGUAAUUCCCUCUACCACCCUUCAAGGACCUGUACGAGUGUAUAUCUGUACUAACUGCUGUUUUAUAUACACCAAAUGCUAUCAGCACCUACCCCAAGAAUUUUUAUGUGAAUUGUUUUUUUUUUUUUUUUUAAUUCUUUAUUUUUGUUGUGCAGUGUAUACAAGCAGUCUAGUCAUGCCACAACAGCAAUGACAAGAAUAACAAAAAGCAUAUCUUACAGGUGAUAAGGCAGUUGGAGAGAACAUGCACACAUUUUUUAAUUAGAGUGACAGGCUAGUAAACAUGCUAAAGAAACAAAUCUAGAUCGGGCUUGUUAAUGCAGUCUUGUAACAUAGUAAAAACCUCUAGACAGUAAAUAGAUGCUGAGAGUACCAGGAAAGCUAUUUAGGGCAUAAUAUAACAGUAGGCAUUAAUAUGUGCUUAGUGGGUGUGUUGCAGGUAAGUAUGGGUAUCAAACCACAGCAACUUCACUUUAUGGGAUUUUAUAAGAUUUCCUGGCCUACCCAGGUUGCCACAUGUAAUCUGUUUAAGGCUUAAAGGACCCAAUUUGGUGAUGCAAGUGGGGCAUAUGUAACGUCCUGCACAUAACAGAAUUAACUGUGAGCUAUGCUACAUAGGUAAAGGCUGGGCUGGGGGAAUUAUAUCUGCAGCGUUCUCAACAUGCCUGGUCCGCUUGAGUGCUGUUCAGCCGAUCCCCCGGCUGGGCUCCUGUCCUUCAGGCAUGUGCAGUCCAGGGUGAGCCCAUGCGUGGGUGAUGUGAGAGGACUCUGGUAUGGAACCUCCUUGGGCCCGGGUAGAUCGCGGAGCCAUCAUCUCUGUGCCGCAAACUCUGUAUUUAAUUGAGUCCAGCCUCUUCCCAUCCUGGGAAAUGCGGAAGAUCCUGUCAGCUUUGCGUGGUGAUUUCCGUCUUCUCCGCCGGCGUGGUUGGUGCCUGGCGGUUGGAACCCGGGUGGCUCCAGGCCCAGGUAGGCGUAAUGCAGAGUUAACUGCUAUCUUGUGUGUCAAGUUGCCUAUGGAGUGCUCCGCAGGCCUCACCCCACGCAGCUUCCAUUCCCCUGUCAGUGGGACGCGACUAGCGGUCUCCAGCCUCGUCCGUUCCUCCAGGGUAGCCCAGAAUCGAUUGAAUAUCUCCUCCAGUUUGUCCACGUUGCUGUGGGACCGAUUAGCUUCAUGAAGUACUUUGUCUUGUGGUGCUGGGUUACAUGCGUCCGCCAUUUUGUAAGCCGCCGCACGCCACUAUCUUUAGUGCCUCUGGGUAGGCGUUUGUGGCUCGGUUGGCCCUGGUGUUUAGCUCAGCAGGGACCGGGAUAACCCCCGCCGGUCUAUAGGGGGGGGGAAAGCAGGAGCCCAACCACUUCUGCUUGUUUGAUAGGCAGGAGAUCGGCCGCGUCUCCCGCCCAAAAUCAGAAAGUAGGCCAAAGGAAGCUUUAGCGCCUGUAUGGUGCUUACAAACAUCGAGUUUUCUCUCCAAGAGUGGUCCCUGUGUUCUCGGUCAAUGGGUGCCGAUAUGGGCUCUGAUUGAGAGGAAUAUCACCCUAUUUGAGGCAUAUAAGUUUAGUAAGAUCGAGGAGCUCUCUCAACCUGCGUCUGGCUCGUUCAGUGGUUAGGCCCCGCCCCCCAUGUGAAUUGGUUUUAAUUGGCUAAUACUGUUGAUCACAAAGCCCACUCAAGCAAGCAAGCAUCUAUUAUGAAAAUAGUGGAACUUUAUUUUCACAAAUAGUCUUAUCUUGUUAAUAACCAUGGCAUGAAGGGGGGACGCCUAAAUAUUGUUAAAGUGGAGCUGGACACAUUUCGCUGGCUGUUAAAGAAGUGUCUACUUAGGGCAUGAAACACAUCGAGGUCUUCUAUGUAAGUUUUCUUGCUCUGUGCCAUUUUAACAUCAGUGUGAGGAAAAUUUGUGAUGUGAAAAUAAAGUUGCACUAUUUUUAUAAUAGAGUGUGGUUUGUGAUUGACAGUAUUUGCCAGUUAGAAGCUGCUAACUGCUGUUCAGCCCAUACAAGUGCAUCAUUUUUAAUUGUUGCGGUUGAUGGACGACCACAGAGUUCCAAUUACAGCCUUAUUCGUUUAUGACACAGGAAUGCGCCCCUUACAUUAUGCCGCAUGGCAGGGACGUCCGGAGCCCGUGCGCCUUCUGCUUCGUGCUUCGGCAAGUGUCAAUGCUGCAUCUCAAGAUGGACAGACUCCCUUACAUCUGGCCGCUCAGUAUGGCCACUACGAGGUGGUAAGUGUUCGGAAUCUCUCCUCAUCUUGUAUGUUAGCGGUAAGAAUUAUUUCAGUUGUUUGAUUUCACUAUUUCAUUAGACAUAUAUUUUGAAUCCCUUUGUGGCCUCACUGCACGUUAUCAUGUAUAGAGGUUUCUGUUUUUUACUCUGUGUAUACCUAACCAAUUCUUAUUCUCCUUAAAGUCUGAAACUCUACUUCAGCACCAAGCAAAUCCCUGUCACGUCAGCAAAGCCAGGAAAACCCCAUUGGACUUGGCCUGUGAAUUUGGUAGAGUGAAGGUACAGAUGGGAUUGGGAGUUAUCUUUCUUUCCGACCUUUUCUUGUUCAAUGAUCUUGCCUCUUCUGCACAUUCUGUCGCACUCUAGUUUAACUCUACUGCCUAUGCAAUAUAUCCUACUUCCUCUCACUGUGCACUAUGUUUCUAGCCCAUCUUCGGUUUAUGUCCUUCUCGUCGUUCCCCUACCAUUUUCAUUUUCUUCAUUUUUAUCAAUAUCUUUCAACAGGUAGUACAAUUGUUGCUGAACAGUCACCUAUGUGUCUCCCUCUUGGAAGGAAUUUCAAAGGAUCCUACAGACCCUAAUUUCACGACACCUCUGCAUUUGGCAGCAAAAAAUGGGCACAGAGAGGUCAUCCGGUGAGUUUCUUUGAAGUUGCACUGUGUUUAAUCAUGAUCAGGGUCAAGAGGCUUGCAGCAGUAUAAAGAGGGACUUUAUCAAGGUAAAACAGGUCCUUUUGCCUUUGUGGAUGCGUAUUGCUAAAUGCCAAGAGACCACUUGUUUCUAUGCUGAUUGUUUGUUUUUUAUUUAGCAUCUGCAUUUACCUUUUGUAAAUCUCGCCCUUAAUAUCUAUUUAUUUAUUUGUAUUUUUUUUUUUUAACGCAGGUUGCUUCUGAAAUCUGGCAUUGAAAUUAACCAGGUGACUAAGAUGGGCACUGCUCUGCACGAAGCAUCCCUGUGUGGAAAGACAGAGGUGGUUAAGCUGCUUAUAGAGGUGAGGUUAAGAACAGCGCCAUAGUGGGAGUGCUAUUUAUCAUGUUUUCCCGGUGGCAAUGAGAGUUUGGUGUAACUUCAUGUUCGUACCAGCUGCAAGUAGAAUGGGAGUCUGCUUCGAUAAAGGUUUGAUUUUUUUUUUUUUUUUUUUAUCUGACCUUAACUUUACAGAAUGGGAUAGACGUGAAUAUUCGGAACACGUACAACCAAACGGCACUCGAUAUCGUCAACCAAUUCACCACCACCCAUGCUAGCACUGACAUCAAACAGCUGCUUAGAGGUAACCAUUACCUACUAACGGGGGGGGAGGAGGGAAACUGCACUGAAGACAAGAGAACUAAAAUAUUUUUCUAUCAUCGCAGAAGCCUCUGGAAUCCUUAAAGUUCGUGCCUUGAAAGAUUCCUGGAAUUCCCACGAUCCCACUGCUCUAAAUAUCCGAGCUGGAGAUCUGAUUACGGUGAUUGGGGAUUUUGUAAUUCUUAAUUUUAAGUUGUGCUAUUACUGUUAACUUGCUUUCCUUGUAUGUGUAUACUUUGAUUUUUACGCAUUUUUUUUCUGAUAUGUCUACCUUGACCAUAGGUGUUGGAGCAGCAUCCGGAUGGCCGGUGGAAGGGACACAUUCAUGAUGCUCAGAGGGGUACUGAUAGAGUAGGAUUUUUCUCCCCAUCCAUUGUGGAGGUCAUCAGCAAGAGACUGGGUGAGUGGGUUCUUUAGACGUUGUGUUGGCUCAGUGGGUAUUUGCUCGUUCAAGGAACGGUGUUGUGAGCAGUGAGUGCUCAUGUGCAUGUUCUGAGAAAGGCUACUGCUCUGUGAGUGGACCUAUGUUAGUUCAGAGAGUGGUAUUUGUGUUAGGUGAGUGUGAGUACCAGAAAGUGGUUGUGUUAGAUGAGUGAACUCUUGUGCCUUUUCUGGGAAGGGGUUAUGUUGGAUGACUCAUAUUGUGCCUUUCCUGGAAAAAGAUCACGAACAUCCUUUCUGUUAAAAUAUCUUUUCUGCAGGCUCCACACUCUCCCGAAAUGUCAUUGUGCCUUCUCAUCAGCGGCUCGCAAAGACGUCUCUUCCUCUGACCAAUCAGCACAUUCCUGUAACUGGGACACAACUCGGCAAUAACCUUGAGAACGUAGGAGGUGAGACUUAUAUAGACAGGGUUUCAUUAUUGAGCUGUGCGAUGUUGGUAAAUAUAUGUUUACAUAAGUAACAGGCGCAGAUGAGAACAGUCAUCACCGAAUGUAACUUUCUAUUCAAUUCAGCCGGCGACCGUCACAGUGUUGGCAGCGAGGGCAGUGUGCGCAGUGCGGGAAGUGGGCAAAGUUGCGAGGGCAAUGGUCACAGCACUGCCAUCAUCGAAAACUCUCAGGUAGCUACAUCUGAAGAUCUGACAUUGCAUUUUCAUGUCUCUGGGGAACAUGCAAUAUGCAAAGGUUAAUUGUGAUAUAAUUUACGAGUGAAUUUAGCAGUAAUUUGUGCAUUUUUGUAAAAACACUUUUUUUUUCUGCAGACCCAAAACCUUGGCUUCAGUGAUGUGCAGGGCUCAAGGAUAUUCACAGGUGAGGAAUCCUCUGCAGAUGAAUUCAACCUCAUUUUGUGUUUGUGAUUACUUAGAAGUAUAGAAUUGUGUGCCUUGCCUUGAUGUUAUAACUUUUAUUUUUCCCAGGUUCUGCUCCUGGUAACUUUCUGCACACUGUUUCUGGGGUGGAAAGGGAUCCAGAGAUCUAUCUACAGGGAAAGGUACUGCUUCCCAUGGUUUAUGUGCAGUGGAUUUCUCUAAACAUCCCGCUUGGCUUUUAAAUUUAGAUUUUUACAAAAAAAUUUUUAUAUAUUGAUCCUUUCAUCAAGUUUUGAAAAUACACUGAACAAAAUUAUAAACACAACACUUUUGUUUUUGCCCCCAUUUUUCAUGAGCUGAACUCAAAGAUCUAAGACUUUUUCUAUGUACACAAAAGGCCUAUUUCUCUCAAAUAUUAUUCACAAAUCUGUCUAAAUCUGUGUUAGUGAGCACUUCUCCUUUGCUGAGAUAAUCCAUCCACCUCACAGGUGUGGCAUAUCAAGAUGCUGAUUAGACAGCAUGAUUAUUGCACAGAUGUGCCUUAGGCUGGCCAUUUAGGCUCUAAAAUGUGUAGUUUUCCUGUAUUGACGCAUCCAAAAACCAGUCCCUAUCAGGUGUGACCACCAUUUGCCUUAUGCAGUGCAACUCAUCUCCUUCGCAUCGAGUUGAUCAGGUUGUUGAUUGUGGCCUGUGGAAUGUUGGUCCACUCCUCUUCAAUGGCUGUACGAAGUUGCUGGAUAUUGGCAGGACCUGGUACACGCUGUCGUAUGCACCGAUCCAGAGCAUCCCUCAAAAGUGUUGCUUUAUAAUUUUGUUCAGUGUAGAUUCUGUGUUAAAGGGACACUAUAGUCACAGCUUAUUGAAUUUGUUCUGGUGAGUAGAAUCAUAACCUUCAGCCUUUUUGCUGUAAACACUGUCUUUUCAGAGAAAAUGCAGUGUUUACAUUACAGCCCAGUGAUAACUUCACUGGCCACUCCUCAGAUGGCCGUUAGUGAUCCUUCCUGGGUCAUGGCUGCAGACACUGAACUUUCCUCAUAGAGAUGCAUUGAUUCAAUUAAUCUCUAUGAGGAGAUGCUGAUUGGCCAGGGCUGUGUUUGAAUUGUGCUGGCUCUGCCCCUGAUCUGCCUCUUGGUCAGUCUCAGACAAUCCUAUGGGGAAGCAUUGUGAUUGGAUCAGGCUACCACCUUUGAUGAUGUCAGCAGAUUGCUUGUAAGAUGGUGCUAUAUUUAGGGAGUUAUGAGGGGGCCAGGGGGGUUAGAUGGUGGUUUAGGAAUACAUGUUUGUGUUCCUGACCCUAUAGUGAUCCUUUAAAUGAACUAUAUGUAAAAAUAAUAAUUGUAAAAGUCAUCCCUUCCUUUAGUAUAUGACAGCAUCCUUCAGUCAUACACAUACACCUUGGGUCAGACAGUGUUUAAAAACAUUUAUAUAUUCUCUAUGAUCUUCCCAGCUUCAUUCCCUGUACAGCGCAGUGACAUGAUCAGAAUGAUUAAAUGCCAAGUUCAAACUCUGUCUGACCAAAGGGGUGUGUGUGUGUGUAUAUGACCGUAGGAUUCUGACAUAUACUAAAGGUAGUGAUAAGUUUUUCAAAUUUUUUCACAUAUACAUCAUUUAACAAAGAAUCUACCUCCUUGCAAAACGUGAUGAAAGGUUCAAUUUAUUAAAAGAUAGUGUUGAGGAGAUAUUUCUUCUUUAACUUAAUAGAAGGAUUGGCUGCAACCGCUUUAUAUAGAUAUUUUUGUGGAUUCGGUAUUAUGCUUACUACAUGUGCCAGAGGGCCAGAAAUAAAUCUCCUUCCUAAAACAUCACUAUCUGCAAGAAUAGAAUCUAGUCCUAACUGUAUUCCUAAAACUCUUUGACUGCUACAGUAACCUUUCAAUAAACCUCAAUCUAUGAUUUACUUCGAUGUUUUGAAUUAAAAUCUAUCCACUACACCAAGCAUGUCAAACGCAAAGUCUGGCAUGGGCAACAUAAACAAGGUUUAAGUUUAUGUGGGCCGCAAAAAAAAAUACCUUACAUUUUCAUAGAAACGUAGGUCCCCACUCCCCCUUGUCUAAACCACAGCACCCCCCUCUACCACCCUGUGCCAAAUCUGAUCCUCCCGCUGACACACACAUAUUCACUGACAGACAGAAACACACAUACUCACUGACAGACAGAAACACACACACACAUACUCACAGACAGACACACUGACAUACUCACUGACACACACACACAUAUAUUCACUGACAGACACACUCACAGACAGACACACUCACAGACAGACACACACAUAUUCACUCACAGACAGACACACACACAUUCACUGACAGACAGAAACACAAACACACACACUGACAGACACACACUUACAUUCUUUUCUUUAUUGCUCUUUACCUUUUGGAGCCGAUCUGGGGCAUCUCCCUGGGGCCCUUCUAUCUGCUCCUUACUGCUCCCUUGCGCGGUUUAGUGGUGCCGGAAUAUGACGUCAUAUUCCGGCGCCCGGCUUCAUUACAGACGGUGCGCGCGAGGGAGCAGUGAGGAGCAAGAACACUGAGCUCCCUCACUGCUUCCAUCGUCCCUUCCUUCCCGGCCGGGUAAGUGUUAGCAGCAUAGGCACCUGCAAUGUGGGCCGCGAGUUUGACAUGCUUGCACUACACCCUUAUUAAGAUUUUUAUUUUUUUUGUAGUUUCCCUGACUGUUUUCCCCCUGUCCAGCAGGAUGCAGAACUCAUUUUUUGCUGGCUUCGUGGCUUCCAGUUAGAAAUGUAUGUGGCAAACUUUCUGUCUGCUGGCUAUGACCUUCCAACAAUCAGUCGUAUGACCCCAGAGGUGAGGCUAUCACUAUGCAUACCAAAUAUUAACUCUGUACCCUCACACGGUAAUAAAUUCCACAUUCUCCUGUCCUCCAUCAGGACUUAACGGCAAUCGGAGUAACAAAGCCUGGACAUCGCAAGAAGAUCUCAACAGAGAUCAGCAAGUUGUGUGUGGAAGAUGGCCUUCCCUUGCAUACUCCGGUAAGUGGUAAGGGCGGUCAUUCCAUCAUUAAUGGUCUACUGAGCUGGUCAUAUUACCAUCCCACAUGAGACUAGCCCUUAUUCAAUUGGCAGGGUUUGUCAAUAGUGUGCAUUGCUGGGAAUUUCAAUGUGAAUUUUUAAUUGUAGGCCAAAACUGUAAACAUCGUCACUUGACUUUUGAAUUUUUCAAAUUCGUCUAUCUUGACCUUAAAUUUCAAAUUACAAUUCCAGACAAUUCACAUUUCAGUCAAUAGCACUUUGUUUGUUAACUUCCCAUAUAUUCUCUUUACUCUCACAUACAGGUAGACAUCUGGGAGUGGUUAUCUUUGCUGGGGCUGCCCGAGUAUCACAAACAGCUGUCCGAGAAUGGAUAUGAAUCUCUGAGCACUGUUACUGAGCUGACGUGGGAAGGGUUACAGGAAAUUGGGAUCCACCGGCUUGGUAAGUAGUGACCGAAGGGAUAGGUGGUCAUUUUUUCCUUCAGAACGAAGAGGUCAGAUGGAGUCUCAUUUUUAGGAGAGCAAAACCCCCUCCUUACCCCUGUAUGCACAGGAGUAGCGUAAAUCUGUAUACACUGGGCUGGCUUAGUAUAGAAGAGUUCUGAAAAUCUACGGAUGACUUUCCGGUAGGAGUACAUUUUAUCUAUAUAUUGUGUCACAGAAAUUGCCAGUAAAUUUAUAGAUUAAGGAGCUUUUCCGAAGAUCACAUUUGCUUCCCCCGUGAUCUAAUCAUGUGGCAGCUGAAUGUGUAGUAAUCCAAUUAUUGAUAAUGUGCAAAGUUUAGGCACAGGCUAAAAUAUCAGCUUGUACUUUAAUGAGAUAUGUGGUCGAGGGUAACACAGUGAAGGAGUUUAAGCAUGCGUGGGAUAGGCAUAACUACAAGUCCUAACUACAAGAUAAGGCUAGGAACUAAUGAAAGUAUUUAAAAAAUUGGGCAGACUAGAUGGGGCCGAAUGGUUCUUAUCUGCCGUCACAUUCUAUGUUUCUAUUUUUCAUAAUGACUCUUCUAAGAUGAGUCUAGUAAUUCAUUAAAUGUGUGCGGAAUUAUAGUAUCACUUUACGCAUCUGCACUCCCGAACAUAACAGCAGUUUACUUACAAAGUACAAUAAUCCAUCCCUCCAAUAAUAAACAAAUAAAGAAAUAUUAUUUAAUAAAUGUAUAUGCUUUUAAUUUGUUGGUGUUCCAGAGCUUUAUUAAGUUUAAUAAUCGUGGUGUGGGCAUUAAUAUUAAUAUCUUAAUGUGCACAUGGAGAAUGUGUUUUUCAGUGUGUGUGUUUGUUUAAACCUUUGUUACUUUCCAUAGGUCACCAGAAGAAGUUGUUGCUUGGUGUGAAGCGUCUGUUAGACCUACAGAGGGGGCACCCUGUGGGGGGUACCCUAAGACGCAGAAUACAUGCUUCCCAAGACACAGUUACUGUUAUGGAUUCUACGGAAAAUGGAGAACCACCAAUCACCCCCAAACUGAGGACCUUUCAGGGAUUAGAGAUGAGCAAGGAACUACAGAGUGCGCUCACACGAGGGGGUGAAACGUUCUGUGCAGGAAGACGCUCUUUCAGCCAAGAGAGUAUUAGUUCUCGUUCCCAAGGCUCUGGUAACUCACAGGACUCUGCCACUUCUCGCCCACCAUUGGCCCUUAAGCCUCAGGGACUAAAUUUGAGCCUUCCAGAGAGGAACCUUCCUGAGGGGACAGAACAAAUACAAUCAAUGCAAGGUGUUCCAAAUGGUUGUCAAAUUAGGGCAGAUCCACCUGUACCACCUCCAAAACCCUCUUUGAAAAAACGUUCACUCAGUGUGUGCAGGUAUGCGCUGUCAGAUGGUGAGCCAGAAGAGGAGGAGGAGAGAGGAACUAAAUCAGGAACUGGAACACUUGGUUCCUAUGCCACACUAACCAAGCGUCCUGGACGUUCUUCUUUGACCAAUGGACAGUUAGAGAAGAAGGUCCAAAGAAGCCAGUCAUUUGCUGUGCGCGCACGAAAAAAGGGACCUCCUCCACCACCGCCUAAAAGACUUAGCUCCAUGUCUAGUGUGGACACAUCACCCUCUGAGGGACAAUGUUCAGUUAAAAGCAUUGCGGCAAGGUUGGAAGAACUAGGGGUAGCAUCAGAAUUUAGACCUAGUGUGGUACCUCACAUAGAAAACAGGGAGGGCUCUGGGGUUCGCAGGCGGACAGUGAGUGAGUCCGCAGCAGGACUUGGAGGAAGACUGACUGUGCCACAAACUGUGAGAAGGGAAGAGGAGGAAGAGCGUAAAGAAGAACCAAUAUCUUCUCAGCACAGCUCAAGUGAGAGCAUCCCUUUUGCAGAAGAAGGCAAUCUAACUAUCAAACAGAGACCCAAACCACCAGGAGCUAAGCCUGAACAAUGUGGAAUUUUGGAAACGGGACCAGCAAUUGAACCUGAAGUCAGUCUUUUGACCCGAAAAGAGCAACCAGCAAAUACUGGUGUUCAGCCUGUUACAGAACCAAAGGCACUGCCACAGAUUGGUUCCAAGCCAAACCUAGAGACUAAGCCACCCCAAGUAACUUCUGGACCCAAGAAUACUAUUGAACCUGAUUUCAAUCUUACAGAAUCAGACACAGUAAAACGGAGGCCAAAGGCAAAAGAAAAAGAGAAUGCAGUUCCGCAGGAAGGAAUGCAGGACUUCCCAAUGACGCACUGGGCAACAUCAACUGUCCUGGCCAAAGGACCGUCCGCACAUGAAACCGUAGUGACAAAAAUUGGUGAUAUAGAAAGAAGCCUUUUGAGCUUGGAGAGGGGAGGAGAUCAAGUGACGUUUCUAGACAGAAACACUGGAAGCACAGGUACAACUUGCAAAUGAAAAAUGUGAUAAGAUAACCAGGUAGACUGCUAAAAUGACUAGAUAGAUUCACAGGUCCUACUGGUUUCUGUACCAAAGAUUUGAGAGGCUGGGUCUCCUCCUCCGUAAACAGGAGGAGUCAAUCAAAUGCUUCCUGUUCCCUGUUAGGAACACCUAUAAAUUUAGCCUGUUGAAGAAAUGGAAUGCGGAGAAUACUUUCUUCUGCUACGCUUUUGCUGGAUGCAAAAAUGGCGUGAAAUGCAGUAGACCCUCAUUUUGUCAUUUGCUUUCCGAUGUUACUUUCAGUCAACAAAUGGCAGAAUAACGUGAAAGGACCAUUCUGUUACUUCCUUUGAGGUAACUUCAUUUUUCAGUGUCCCCGAUGUGAUUUGUCCAUAUGUAACCCAGUGGAUGGUAUGGAAUCUUGCAUUGUUUCGUUUCUAAGUUUUGGAGAUCUAGAUAUUUGAAAGAGACCUCAAGUAAAGCUUGAAGGCACCGGAUAGAACAUUAAAAUCAUAAGAAAUUCUAUCCACGUGAAUUUGCAGAUCUAACCCAAACUUUAAAUGUGUCCCAAAAAGCACCUGGCAUAUCCCAUUUUUUGUAUAACUUGGACACCUAUUUUAAAUUAUAAAAAGAUAUAUAAUGUGUUUGUAUAUGUAUAUACACAUCCUUUUUCUCUUCCCUUUUAUUUAGGGCCUUUGGUUUCUCAGUCUCAUUUAGUGAUUUCUGGACCCCAGCUAGUUUUACAGAAGCCUUUAUGGGGAGCAACUGGUCCACCACCUCCUGCUGAUUCAAUAAUAUGGGGAAACGAUUCUGGGUCUCACAGUGCAAAAUGGAAUGGCAUAACUACGCAAACUAUAACACAGCAGUCCGAGGAGGCACGAGGGUCUAGAAAAGAAAAUACCAGGUAAGAGAUAAAAGGGUGGUAAUAGCAAAAAUGUGCAUGUUUGCAUUGGGUGGGUUCUGCAGUCAUGACGGUACAAUGGCGAACAAGGGAUGAGAUAAUAGAUUGUGUGCUGGAAGGCCAAGUGACAACAUGCAGCUUCUGUACCGAGUUUUGCAAUAUGAACCAAAUUAGCAAAUGUUGAAAAUAGUUUUUCUUUUGGCAGUGAUUCGGUGCCCUUGACCAAGAAUAUCCUAGAUGACAUCAGCACAAUGUUUGAUGACCUUGCAGAGCAGCUGGAUGCCAUGUUGGACUGAUGAAUCCUUACUUGUAGAACACAGGACUGCACAAUUCCAUUAACCCUAGAUCAGACACUGAUUGACUUUUAAAGAGCAUUUUUAUGAAGCAUACCAGGGAGUCUUCACGUGAGGCACACAGCUUGCUUCCAGGAGAGAGACUUGUGUUUAUAUAUAUAUAUACAUAUAUACAGCUAGAGUCUAAACUAGGUUCCCUUUACCAAUUUCAGUUUUAAAAUUUGCACCCAAAUGGAAAAAUACUUGUCCGAUAUUAAAGCGCUAUGAUUAUCACUUCGGCACUCUUACGAAUUUACGUUUAACCCAUUCACUGCUGCUGAGUUACGAAACAACGAGCAAGAUCUGCUCGGUUAAAGAUGCUUUUUUCCCCCCCUCUAUGGAGGGUUCUGCUGACUGUAUAGGUAUAAACACAUACAGAACUAAGGUUGAAUUACAGCUGUUACUACCUUGCUUGUAUUUUUGUAUAGUGUCUUGUUCCCCAGUUAAAAUUACUAUGUAUUUUAUGACUUUACCACCCCAAUGAAAUUUGUAAAUGUUUGAUUUUUUUUUUCGUUUUCCAGAAAAGUCUAUUUUAAAGUAAUUUUUUUAUAUAUACACGUCUAUAAAUAUAUUUACUAACCAGAA